GGGUGCGCAGCUUCCGCUUCCGCCUUCCUUGGUACGGGUUCUCCGGUGGAGGCGGCGAUGGCGGCGGCCUCGUCCUCCUCCUCCUCCUCCUCAUCUUCCUCUUCUUCCUCUUCUUCCUCCUGCUCCUCCUCGGCGGCGGCGGGCUGCCGGGAGGGCCCGGCGGUGGCGGCAGGGCCCGGUUGGAGCGACUCCCAGUUCCGCCGCUACUCUUUCGAGACGCGGCCCAUCCCGCGGCUCAGCCACAGCGACCCCCGCGCCGAGGAGCUCAUCGAGAACGAGGAGCCAGUGGUGCUGACAGAUACGAAUCUGGUUUAUCCAGCUCUGAAAUGGGACCUGGACUACCUCCAGGAAAACAUUGGCAAUGGGGACUUCUCAGUGUAUAGUGCCAGCACACACAAGUUUUUGUACUAUGAUGAGAAGAAAAUGGCCAAUUUUAAGAACUUCAAGCCCAAGUCAAGUAGGGAAGAAAUGAAGUUUGCCGAGUUUGUGGACAGACUCAAAGAAAUACAACAAAAAGGGAGUGCUGAGAGGCUAUAUCUACAGCAAACACUGAAUGAUACAGUUGGAAGGAAGAUUGUGGUGGAUUUUCUUGGCUUCAACUGGAACUGGAUUAACAAGCAGCAAGGGAAACGUGGCUGGGGUCAACUGACUUCUAACUUGCUUCUUAUUGGCAUGGAAGGGAAUGUGACACCAGCUCAUUACGACGAGCAACAGAACUUUUUUGCUCAGAUUAAGGGUUACAAGAGGUGUAUCCUGUUUCCUCCUGAUCAGUUUGAAUGCCUCUACCCUUAUCCUGUGCACCAUCCAUGCGACAGACAGAGCCAGGUGGACUUUGACAAUCCUGACUAUGAGAAGUUUCCAAACUUCCGGAAUGUGGUUGGCUAUGAGACGGUGGUGGGUCCUGGGGAUGUGCUGUACAUACCUAUGUACUGGUGGCACCACAUUGAGUCUCUCCUGAAUGGGGGGAUUACCAUCACUGUGAACUUCUGGUACAAGGGUGCCCCAACCCCAAAGAGAAUUGAGUAUCCAUUAAAGGCUCAUCAGAAAGUGGCAAUAAUGAGGAACAUUGAGAAGAUGCUGGGAGAAGCCUUAGGAAAUCCACAAGAGGUGGGUCCCUUGUUGAAUAUGAUGAUUAAGGGCCGGUAUGACUAAUGCCUGGUGCCCCGGUGGAUGUUGGAGCUGCUUUGUUCACAAGCAAUGGAAGAUACUGAGCGCUAGUAUUGCACGCAGCACUUAACAGACUGUUGGGUUUCCUGGCCUAUCCUGGCCCCACUACAAUAAAGGGGCUACUGGAACUGCAAAA